GUAGUUCAAUUCGUUAAUUUCACAAUGGAUGUGCCUAAACCAGAAUGUUUAAAAAAAAAUGUAAAUGUACCAAAUAAGUUGCUGAUGGGUCCUGGACCUUCUAACUGUCCACCUAGGGUUCUAAAAGCCUUAUCACAGCCUAUUUUGGGCCACAUGCAUCCGGAAACAUUCCAGAUUAUGGAUGACAUUAAAGAAGGUUUAAAAUAUAUUUUUCAAACUAACAAUACUUUGACUUUGGCUCUAUCAUGCUCCGGUCACGGUGGAAUGGAGGCUGUCAUGUGCAACCUUAUAGAAGAAGGUGAUACAAUUUUGAUAGCCAAAAAUGGCAUAUGGGGACAAAGGGCUGAAGAUAUGGCCAAUAGAUGUGGUGCUACUGUAAAAACCAUAGACACAGAAUUGGGCGAUAAUUUCAGCUUGGCUAGAAUACAAAAUGCCAUACAAAGUGUGAAACCGAAAGUUUUCUUCAUUGUACAAGGUGAGAGUUCCACCGGUGUCUACCAACCUUUGGAGGGCAUAGGAGAUAUAUGUCAUAGAUAUAAUUGUUUAUUAGCAGUUGAUACCGUAGCUUCACUAGGAGCAGUACCUUUAUUAGUCGACCAAUGGAACAUCGACGCCAUCUAUACGGGAUCGCAAAAAGUUCUUGGUGUUCCUCCAGGCAUAACUCCCAUCUCGUUCAGUUCAAGAGCACAAAAAAUUAUAUUUAGUAGAAAAACACCUGUUCAAAUUUAUUACUUAGAUAUUACGCAGAUAGGCCAGCAGUGGAACUGCUUUGAGGGACCUAGAAUAUACCAUCAUACAGUCUCAUCAUCUUUAUUGGUAGCUCUAAGGGAAGGUCUAGCCUUGGUGGUGGAAGAAGGUUUGGAGGAACUAAUGAAGAGACAUCGGGAUUGUGCCAAGAGACUCUACGAUGGUUUGGAAAAAUUGGGAUUAGAACCGUUUGUGGAGGAAGUGCAUAAAAGAUUGCCUACUGUCACGACCAUCAAAGUUCCUGAUGGUGUGAACUGGUUGGAUGUUGUUGGAUAUGCUAUAAAACAUUUUAAUUUGGAACUCAGUGGAGGUUUGGGUCCCACUGCUAAUAAAGUAUUUCGAAUUGGGCUUAUGGGUUACAACGCAAAACCAGAGAAUGUCGACAAAGUUCUCAAAGUUCUACAAGGAGGUUUACAGAAGUCAAAAAAUAAUAAAUGUUUGUUUAAGUUGUAAAAUAGUUACUUGUGUACCAGGGCCACAAAAACGACAAUAAAAGAGAAAUAAUGAAAGCGGCCAAAUAAGUGACUUUUUCGGCUGGUUUUAAUUAC